AUGGAGAGCGGAUGUGCUAGUAUAGUAUAUGCUCCUAUGUCAAAUAUGUCACAUGCACGGUGCGAGAGGAAGAGGAGGCAAAUAGCACAAGAGAUUAGACCAGGUGAACCGGGAAAGUGUGGUGUACUCAGUAGCGUCUCGGCGCGGUGCAGGGUAUGCCAUGCAUACCUGGCAUACCCUGUGCCUCCGCCACUGGCCGUGGCGAGCCACUACUGCAGCCCAACCCUUCACAAUCUUGGCACUCAGAUCUUGAACAACAUCUGGGGGCAUCAGGUUCAUAGAGAAACCUUCACAAUCUUGGCACUCAGAUCUCUGGUGGUCAGCCGCAAGGGGAGUUUCCCUACCGUCAGGGGAAAAAUGGUUUCGGGUAGUGCAGUGGAACGACAAGCUGGUCCCCUCCGUUAUGCAGUAGCAGUACUCUACCACGGCACCGGAUCCAGCGGCGGUGGAAGUCGGCACCAGCAGUCGCGGCUUGGUUUGUGCGCUGCAAAUCUCUCCCCUCGAAUGCACGGCAGGGCGCUCAGGGCGAUGGGAUGGGAGGGCUUCAGUGCUGCAGCUGCUUGGCUGCUGUUGCUGGUCUCUUGGGAGACACAAGGCGGCCGGCCGGCAGGAAGGGAGGUGGUGGUUAGAGCAGUGGGACUCCGGAGGGCUUCGGUUUAA